GCUGGGCGGAGCAAGGGGCAGCUACGUUCCGCUUUCUUCUGUCGGGCGCGCGCCGGCGCCGCCGCCGUGAGGCUGUUGGCGCUGGGGGGGACAUGGCGUCGCUGCUGCCGCGCAUUGAGCGGCUCUCAUCGCGGGUGGUGCGCGUGCUGGGCUGUAACCCGGGCCCCAUGACCCUGCAGGGGACCAACACCUACCUGGUGGGGACCGGGCCCAGAAGGAUCCUUAUUGACACGGGAGAGCCAGCUAUACCUGAAUAUAUUGGCUGUUUAAAACAGGCACUGGCUGAGUUCAACAUCUCAAUCCAGGAAAUUUUAGUGACACACUGGCACCAUGAUCAUACUGGAGGCAUAUCUGAUAUUUGUAGAAACAUCCACAAUGGUUCCGAAUAUUGCAUAAGUAAGCUUCCACGCACUCCACAUCGUGAGGAAAUAAUAGAAGGAGAAAAGCUAAAGUAUUCAUACCUAAAAGAUGGAGAUGUGUUAAAAACGGAGGGAGCCACUCUCAGAGUCUUAUAUACACCUGGGCACACUGAUGAUCAUAUGGCUUUACAUCUAGUGGAAGAAAAUGCUAUAUUUUCUGGUGACUGUAUUCUAGGAGAAGGGACAGCAGUAUUUGAAGACUUGUAUGACUACAUGAAAUCAUUGGAAAUUCUGUUGCAAAUGCAAGCUGACUUAAUAUACCCUGGACAUGGCCCAGUAGUGCAAGAUGCACGUGCUAAAAUUCAAGGAUACAUUUCUCACCGAAAUGCACGUGAACAACAAAUCCUAAAUGUUUUGCAGGAGAAUGCUGGAAAAUCAUUUACAUCAAUGGAACUUGUAAAGAUUGUAUACAAGGAAACUCCUGAAAAUUUACUUAAAGCAGCAGAAAAUAACCUCACCCUUCACUUAAGGAAAUUAGAAAAAGAAGGAAAAGUGUUAAAUGAAAAGUCUCCCAACUCCAGAUGGAAAAGCAGUUUGAGCAACCAUGUGUCUUGAAAGAGGAUGAAAGAGCUGCCAGAGUCAUCCCAGAGAAUAUCAUCCUGGAUAACCAUCCGGAUCUGGGCCUGCUAUGAGCAGGCAAAGGUCCUGCCUACAGCCAUCAUGAGAGCCCACUCUAGAAGAGCCCAGGCUUCAUCAGCAGCAUUCCUCAUGCAGAUACCAAUCCAGGACAUCUGCAGGACUGUGACAUGGUUGUCAAUUCAUGCCUCACUAUGCCAUACCCAACAGGCCCAUAACGAUCCCAGUUUCAGUAGAGCAGUGUUGCAAUCAGCACAUCUGUGAAAUUUGAGCCCACGUCUGGGGAUACUGCUUCUGAGUCACCUAGCAUGGAAUCGACGUGAGCAAGCACUCUAAGAAGAUAAAACAGUUACUAACCUUUUGUAACUGUUGUUCUUCAAGAUGUGUUGUUCAUGUCCAUUCCAGGACCCACCCUCCUACUCCUCUGUCGGAGUCACCAGCAAGAAAGAACUGAGAGGGUAUGAGGCCGAGGGUGCCCCUUAUACCAGCAUAUAGUGCAGGGCUCCAAGGGGCGUGCUGGCCGGCCCUAUGGAUACCUCUAAGGGAAAAAAAAUCUCUGGCAACUGUGCUCGUGGUGCACGCAUACAUGGAAUGGAUGCGAGCAACAGAUCUUGAAGAACAAGAGUUAUGAAAGGUUAGUAGCCAUUUUCUUUGCUAUGCAGUUCAGUGGGGCCACGACUUCAACACCAAUAUGUGCACUGGUUAGUCAGUUUUUAAAGUAAGUAGGAAAGAGCACAUGGGGUCUUAAAAAGAAAAGGGUGGUAAUCCAUCUUACAUAACUUAUUUGUAACAGUAAGGAUCCCUUCCAUGUAUGUAUUUAUGAACUACAUUACAUUCUUUGUGUGCCACAAUGAUUAAUACAUUAAAAACUUGCUUAAAUGUCAACAGGUACAAGCCAUCUCAUCAGUAGUUUCCAUUAGUGUUCUGUCAGGCAGAGCAAGGCUAAUGAAACUGAAGAAAUGUUAUGUUUCAGUGCCCAUGCUUUCAUGCCCAACAUGGGUAAAGCACAUUUUCAUAAAGGUAGAUAAGCACAGACUUAAGAAACAGCAAAUACAAUGCUAAAUUGGGGAAUGAGUGAUAGUAACAAUGUAACUGAAAUUGAGAAAUACAGUAUAAUUUACAAUGCAUGGUUUGCUUCAUUGGCAAGUAUAACUGCAUUCUUAAUUCUUUUUUCAAUGAACACAGAGUGGAAUUAUGCAAAGUGAUAUAUUUUUGCUUCCUUUCAACGCACCAACUCAUCGGGUUAUUGUGGUAAGAUGUUUUCCAUGGUUAUACUUUGGGAUUCUAUGCACUAAAUGUAGUACUACAUAACAGGUUUCAAAUACAGCUGUAUAGCAGUGUUAUAAUUUUUAUUAUGGGUUUUCGAUACAGUUUAAUACAUACAAAUGAAAAUGGAACUUCAGUGUAAGUCUUGAAAUUCUGAGGAUUGAAGUUUAAAAAAUAAAAUGCUAGUGUGAAGUGUUAUGUUGGUGAUGUAAAAUUAAAGAAUAUAGUCUGUAGUGUUUUAAUCAAGGAAUUCACAAUAUGAUUUUAUCUUGUGUGUUAGUGAAACAUAAUAAAUGAGAAUAUCUGCACGCAAUGUUUUGAAAAAUCAUAAUAAAAUUGUUGAAAUUAUAUUACCAAUAA